CUCAAAAUUUUAGCAUAAUUUGAGCAAUCUCCUCUAAUAGGUACGUCAAAGUUCAAUCACUCCUUCGAGCUCAUCUUUUCGAUUCUUCUGAGAGGAGGUUUUCAUUUUCUUAUUCCGUCAGGGCUUCGAUGGCGAAGAGAAAGAAAGCUAGGGUUUCCGAGGAAGUAGUAGAAGAGGAAGAAGUAGUCCAAGAAGAUGGACAAGACCAUCGAGAAAAUCUCAAUCAAUCGGCAGAUCACGAAAAGAGCCUCUACGAGGUUCUUGGUGUGGAGAGGACAGCAUCUCAACAGGAAAUAAAGAAAGCAUACCAUAAGUUGGCAUUGCGGCUCCAUCCUGAUAAAAAUCCUGGUGAUGAGGAGGCUAAAGAGAAGUUUCAGCAACUGCAAAAAGUUAUAUCAAUUCUUGGGGAUGAGGAGAAACGAGCAGUCUAUGAUCAGACUGGUUGUGUUGAUGAUGCUGACCUUGCUGGGGAAGUUGUUCAGAAUCUACAUGAGUAUUUCAGGACUAUGUACAAAAAGGUAACUGAGGCUGAUAUUGAAGAGUUUGAAGCAAACUAUAGAGGAUCUGAUUCAGAGAAGAAAGAUUUAAUUGAUCUGUACAAGAAGUACAAGGGUAACAUGAACAGACUGUUCUGUUCAAUGCUUUGUUCGGACUGUAAGCUUGAUUCACACCGUUUCAAGGACAUUCUUGAUGAUGCUAUAGCUGCAGGAGAACUGAAAGCAACCAAAGCCUACGAGAAAUGGGCAAAGCAAAUAUCUAAAACAAAACCACCAACCAGUCCUUUGAGAAGGAGGGGGAAGUCAAAUAAAAAUUCAGAAACAGAUCUAUAUGCAAUGGUAUCUCAGCGCCGAAGUGAGAGGAAAGAUCGGUUUGAUUCUAUGUUUUCAUCUUUGGUUUCUAAAUAUGGUGAUGGAGGUAAUGCUUCUUCAGAACCUACAGAAGAAGAAUUUGAGGCUGCACAGAAAAAGCUGGAAAGUCGUAGGACGUCCAAAACAUCAAGGCGGAAGUAACUUGACCUCUCAAUAGAAUUUGGCUCUAUGAAAUGAUUGUGUUUAUUCUGCUAACACCCUGCAAUAGUUAUAACUAUUUAAAUGUGACUAAGAUCUGUAUGCAUGUGGCCUAUCUUCUUUAUAAUGAUAUGAUUCUGGAUUUGUUUUC